AUCAGUUAAAAGUAGGAAAAACUGAGGUAAAAAGAUACUAUGUGAUGACCAAAGUGGUGGUUCAUUUGUGUGUGAAAUUCCAUCCAAAUUAGUGAACAUAUUUGAAUGAUUAUAUCUAUUUUACUUUCCUACAUCAGAAAGUUACAUACAUUAAUUUUCUACUCCUCACUCACAAACUCAACUGGUAAACUCCUUGCUCUUGAAACUUGAUACGCACAAGUUCAUGGUCUGUCACGGUCUUAGAUCGGAAUAAUCUGAUUACUUGUAUAUACGUAUACUUACGUAGUUAUUACCAACUUACAUACAAGUUGUAUAACCGAAUUGGAAUAUCUUUUAAUAUUUUACUUCGUGUUACGUAACUUAUACGCUAUGUCGAUCUUCGUCAAGGCGCGCCGGCGCAUGCGAAUCUAAUAGCCCCCCUCUUUGCAACCGUCACAACGCAAUCACUCGUCCGCUGUUACACCAAAGUAAAAGUAAAACCGCGUUCAUUGACUCACCGAGAACCUUUCUGAUAUACCGCGGAUCAAGUUUGUAAACAAAACUUCGCCGAAGUUUUGUUCUAACUUAAAAGUUUUGUGAAACAAGUGUAGAACAUGUUACAUUGAAUACCAAAAUGUCUGUGAUCUUACUAAUCAUCGAAAUUAUAAUUAUUGGGGGCAUGAUAGUGGGACUUUAUCAGAAGAAUACGAAUUUAGUGUGCAAGUCAAAGAAGAGAUACGAUGGCAAGACAGUGCUGGUGACGGGUGGGACUGCGGGCAUGGGGCUCGAGAUCGCUGCAGAUUUCGCACACAGAGGCGCAAGGGUUAUCGUAGCGUGUCCCUUCGAAGAUGAAGGCUUGCAUGGCAAAAAACUUAUUAUAAGAAGCUCUGGUAAUGAAAAUGUAGUGUUCAAACUACUAGACCUCGCUUCUCUGGAGUCUGUAAGAAACUUCGCAGCCGAUAUAUUGAGAACAGAAGACAGAUUGGACAUUUUGGUGAACAAUGCUGGAGUUGGGGUCCCGGGAGACUUCCUUACCGCUGAUGGAAUGAAUUUCAUCAUGCAAGUUAACUACUUUGGCACUUUUCUACUAACAAUGUUGCUCCUACCGCUUCUGAAGAAGACGGGCACAACGUCUGAACCGAGUAGGAUUGUAAACACAUCAUCUGUAAUGCACAAGUUUGGUAAAAUCGAUUUCAACAAUUGGAACAAGACAGGAUACUGGGCCAAAAUAAGGAUAUAUGGGAACAGCAAGCUUUGCUUAGCGCUGUUCACCCGGGAACUUGCCAAGAGAAUGAAGAAUCCAACGGUUAUAGUGAAUAUUGUGGAUCCAGGAGCAGUUGGGACGAGGAUCUUCAACAGUUCUCGCAUCGCUUGGGCCAGUUUUAUAUCAUUUAUGGCUUUGAUCUUGUUCAAACAUCCGUGGGAAGGUGCGCAAACAGCCCUGUACGCUGCCACGAGUGAUAGGGCUGGUAAAUUCACAGGGGAGUACUUCAAGAACUGUCAAAGAGUUCGAGCCAGUGAGUUGAUUUAUGAUGAGAAGCUGGCAACGAGGGUGUGGGAGGAGUCAGUGAGGCUUGUGAAACUGAGUGACGAAGAACUCAACCAGUGCUUUAGUUCUUAGACGUGUGGUGUUGUGACAAAUAUAGUAAUACUCGUACAUAAUUAGUAUCUAGUUGCACGAAAGACACCUGUAUGUAUGUGAGGUGAUGACACUGAUAAAUUGGUAAAUGAUUCCGUGUAAUUUUCAUUCAGGAUGUUAAUGCUAAUUUUUGUUGACUUGUAAUGAAAUAGUAGUAUGUUGGUAGCAUUAAUAGCACGUUGCGUGACCCCGUUGCGCUCUGUUGGAUGGUCGGUUCUGUUUUUUACAUUACCACGUUCAAUUAAACGGAAUUUCAAAAUGUCAAAAUCUAUAAUUGAAAUUGUGUACCUGCGGAUUAUUUGUUCAUUAUGUUUAUUUAUGGCUUUACUAUUUAAUCCUUUUGUGUAAUAAGAAAUAAAUUAUUUUAGUUAACUGGUAA